AUGUUCAACAGCAGCCCGCAUUGCAUCAUCUGUGGUGCAAAGAUUACAUAUCGUGACCGCAAAGUCUCUUGGAAAAGAAACUUUCGUGCAAUUAGAUGUGAUGGCAAUUCUCAGUUAGAUGGGAAGCCUUUCGUUACAGGAGUGGGCAGCUAUGUCCCUCCAGAGAUCCUUUACAACUGUGCUGCACCUUCUUCUGCAGAACAGCGAUGGGAUGAUAACUUUGUUUGGACAGAGGAGGACUCAUUUCCCCCGCUGAUAGGUGACACACUCCAUCCGCAACCUGGGUUUCUUUUCCAUGAAUCGUGCUGGGAACUACUACGGGGCAUGCUUCACCCCCAUGCCGUUCCUAUCCAGCGGUUGUAUGAUAUUUGCCUCUCAUGUCCAGCGCACACAGAAGGAUGGUUGGAUUGGGGACAUAACUACGGUGGGCUCAUGGACCAACGUCCCGUUGGGGGCUAUCCAUGGGAAGACGUAUAUAUUGCGGGCUAUAUAAGACGGUUCCUAUGGGACAAGAGUUCUCCCUUGACGCUGGCCACGUCAGAUCCACUAGACGUAUUGGAGGUGCAGCAAGCGCUUGUUGGUUCUCAGGAUAGACGAGAGAAUACAACAAUGACCAGUUUGAUAUCAUCCGUUUCGAUAACCACCGCUGAUUGUUUUCAAAAGCUUCCCCAAGAAAUCCUGGAGCAAAUCCAGAUGCUUCUACCAUCUCGCAGUGUUGCUGACGUGCGUUUAGCAUCAAGGUCGUUCGCUGCAUUGCCGCUCACGCAGUCAUUUUGGGCUUCAAGGUUUGCUUGCCAUCAAGAGCGUGGGUAUUGCUUCGAGGCUAGGGAUUCACUAUAUAGUGGAGCUCACGCACUGCGCUGCAGGAAUUGGAGGGCUUUCUUCGAGGAUACAGCAGUGACACCAGAUUCAUCUAAUGAGUUGAAGAAUCGAAAGCGGAUCUGGUGUUACUUGAAGAAUAUAGCAGAUCUAGUUCUUGAUCAACCGUUGGUCAGUGAAGGGAUGACCAGGGAGCUUGAACUAUGGCCAAAGGAGCCUGUGCCGGCAUGGAGACCAGUUGGAGGAGACUUUUCCGUACGGUCGAACGGAGACUCCCCUUACCAAAUGAAAUGUAGGGUGAUAUAUGAGCAAAUCAUCUCAAUCGCCUCUUCGAUAAGAUCAAUUGGGGUUUCCUUUCGAGAACUAAGUGAUAAGAAAUAUGUCUCGGGUCUUCGACUCGUACUUACAAACAAUGAGGAGCUUAGACUGGGCUAUGUCCUUCCAUGUAAGGAGAAACACGUGGAGCUGAAAAGCGAAUGCUUUGACUUGAAUGGGUUCAUUGCCGCUGUCAGCCCUAGAGGUGUCAUGGCACUCCGUGUUGUGACCGGACAGGGAGAGAUAUCCAACUGGGUGGGCUUGUCAGAAGGCCUGCCGCAGACAGUCCGGCUGUGUACGAAGACGGCAAUCCACGCUUUGAAAUGUUCCUUCGAUGGCUUCAAAAUGGUGUCUUUAGCUGUUCCCACCGAGCUUCAGCCGCUCUUCCCUGACGAUACCAGAGGUGAACACCUACCCCUGCGAACUACAGGACUUUGGUAUCCAGGGAUCCCUCCCUCGUCCUACCAUCUCCACGACGAUGUAUUCACCGGUCGAAACAUCCCUCUCCUUGACUACCGUCCACUUGUGCAUGUCAUGUUUGGUGGAAGACGGGGCAACCUCCUUAAGUACCUAACCCGUAUCUCAGUUACAGUGUCCAACGCAGCAAUCGUGGGGAUAGACUUCUUCUACACAGAUGAUUCCCCCGUAAAGCGUCUCCAAGCUUGUCCCUCAACAGAUAGCAGGGACGACUCUGUCAAAAUCCCCUUCCUGAUCGAUGGACCAGGGGGUGAACGGUUAACAAGUCUCCAAUCGGACGGCGAUUUCCUCCGAGCGUCCGCUGGCUACGGGUCGUACAGAAUAAAAAUAACGUCACUAAAGGUAAACCAAACCCACCAUUGCAACUACCAGCGCAUGUGUGGACUACAGAUCCAGCUCCCCACCGUCAACUGGGACAUCACAUACAAGCAACCCAUGAACAUCUCCCUCAACGAUAGCCAAUCUAGAUAG